UAGAACGUGGUGAUGGCUUCAAGAUGCCGGAAAUGACUUAUUCUUGUGAAAUAUGUGGAGUUGAAGGAUUAAACGAAGAGGAGAUGCGUUCACAUAUGGUGGUGUACCAUUUAGAAGGUGCUGUUUCGUGUCCUUUUUGUGAUCUGGGUGAAGUGUCCGCAGAACAGUUGUUAAUGCAUGUAAAUAGUGCUCAUUUGGACUAUUUAACCCCUGAACAAGAAUUGCUUGCAUUCAUUGAUGAUGAAGAUAUUGAUGGUAGGGAUGGACUCUUGUGUUCCUCAAGACCUUUGCCUUGGGAACUUUAUCCUGAACCAGGUACUGAUAGUGCCAGUAGCUGCUGGGAAAAUAACAUUAACAACAACAAUAAUAACAAUAAUAAUUACUGUCACAGCACUUGCACAGUGGCAUCCAGCAGCUCAGUUUGCUGGCUCCGGUCUCCCUUGCGUUCACAGUUAGCUUUAGAUCUACGAGCAAGUGCUUCACCUGGUCCAAUCCCUGCUUGUAAAAAGUCCGUCCAACCACAACAGUGCCCCAUGUGUUCUUACACCAGUUUGGAUCCUCUGCAGCUUGAAGAACAUAUCAACAGGCAACAUUUUGAUCUGACGGGCCCAUCAUUCCCACCGGCAACGCCACCUGGAUUGGAGGAAUCUGUGUACAGUUGUCCACUUUGUGUACGAACAUUUCAAAACAGUCCAGAUUUAGAACUGCAUGUAAACAUUGAACAUAAAGACAUUCUUAGCCCUGCAAAGCCACAGCAGCCUGUAAAUAGUGUGGAGAACUGGAGUGAUAGCUGUCCUGUAUGCUGUAUGACUAACUUCAAGAGCAAUCAGGAGAUGGUAGCCCAUAUUGAAGAACAUUUUAAUAAUAAGGGUUUGUCACCUAUUACUCCAGACAUGUCCUGUGAUCGGAUGUUGGCUCGAGAAAUAGAGAAGCGGGAAAGAGAAGUUCGCAGAUUACGUGAGCAACGAGAAUUUGAAAUGUUAAGGGCCCAAUAUGGAAUGGACAAUCAAGGGAACUUCAGAGAACAGAGUCUGACCAACAUGCAGAAAGCUGUGUAUGCAGGAGAAAUGUCUGUUUCUGAUUACUAUGAGAGACAAAUUGAACUUCGUGCAGCAGAAAGUAAUGGGGUAGAUGAUGGUAGCUCUUGCACAAAAGGUCUUGUUCCUAAGAUACGUGGUGUCAGUUCUUCUUCAGCAAAUGUAAUCAGAACAUACAUGUGUACCACUGUUGACCAUUAUGCCUCCACCUAUGGUGAUAAAGGCUGGGGCUGUGGCUACAGAAAUAUGCAGAUGAUGCUGUCUUCAUUGCUGCAUCAUACAGGCUACAAUGAACAGCUGUAUAAGCCUUCUUUAGUUGGGGGUGGUCUCUAUGGGUUAGGUAACCGAUCCUGUGGUCUUGAGAUGCCUAGCCGUAGUGCCAUGCCAUCAAUCUCUCGUUUACAACAACAUAUUGAAUGGGCAUGGAGUCAGGGCUUUGAUCUCCAGGGGAGUGAACAGCUUGGUGGAAAACUCUUCAAUACACGAAAGUGGAUUGGAGCAACUGAAGUAGUCACAGUUCUUUCUUCCCUUAGGAUACGGUGUCAGCUAGUAGACUUUCAUCGACCAACAAGUGCUGAUGGAAGUCAUCCUGAACUAUUUGGCUGGGUUUUGGAAUACUUUCAAAAGAAUGAAGAAUUCAAACCACCACUCUAUCUUCAGCAUCAAGGCCACAGCCGUACUAUAGUAGGUGUGGAACAGCUGAAAGAUGGAGGAAUAAAUCUCUUAGUGUUUGACCCCAGCCAUACACCACACCAAAUGGCUCAGUUUCAAAACACAUCAACUGCAGUAUCAGGCAUGCGCCUUAUACGGAAAUCCUUAGCUUCAAUGAAAGCUCGCCAGUACCAACUAGUCGCAGUAUGUGGUAUAAUGGAUACGGAACAUGAAUAUCAGCAAAGUAAAAUUCUGCGAUCAGUACGAGUCCCCCAAGAUCGAUGAUAACACCUAUUUUAUUAGGGUUGCACCAAGGGUGUUAAAUUUGGUUUUGUACAAAGUUGUUUCAUACAAACUCUAUGAUCUCAUCAUCCGGAAAUUUAGAAACGAGACAUCUGACAGGGAUUAGUGUAAACAGUGAAUUAUGUGACAUGUUAGCGACAACAUCUAUGUACUUCCAGCGA